AAGGAAUGCCCUAGCAGGACAGCAAAGAACCGAUGUACCGAGGUAAACCUCUUGGUAAGGCGGUAUUAUUAGGGUCAACGGGCCUCUAGAGCUGUCUAAACGCAUUGGCACCCAUUGAAGCGCACCCUAUUUGCGACACCAAUUUCCCUGAAUUACCCUGUAACGCGAUGCUCUCUUUUCUCUUCAACUACCUGUUUCUUACUAAAGUUGGCCUAUUCUCUAGUUAACUUCAAACAAUACUAAUAGCAAAAGCAUCGUUGCCAUCCCCGGCAUGAAUCCGAAAGGUGAUGAAGACUCUGUAGAAGCAGCAUCGACGGCCGACGGCACUUUGUGGCUGCAGGGCUUUCUCCCCGAGCAGUUACCAGAAGCACGCGUCAUGCUGUUCGGUUACAGCAACGGCGGGGGUCCGAGAACAAGCAGAAAACCUUCUGAAUUGGCUGGAGGCGGAAAAACUCGCAGGGCGGCCAGGCUUGAUACUAGGCCAUUGGCUGAUGAGGACUACAGAAAGACUCGGAAAGACCUCUGAUAUUUGUCUGUCAUAGUCUUGGGGUAUCAUUGCGAAAUGUGUAAGCCACCCGUUAUUUGGCCUUGG